UAAUAUUACCACAAAAACAAACAUAUGAUACAAAAAGCGAUUUUAGCCGAAUUUUUAAAUAUUGGAAUAGAAAGUCAUCUUUUUUUUUAAAGAAAUAAAACAUGAGUAGUAAUUUUCCAGAAAAAAGUUGGAAUAAUGUAGUAAAAGGAAAAAUUAAUUAUAUGGGAAAAGGAAAUGCAAUAUUACAAACAUAAAGUUGCUAUACUGUAUUUGGACAAAAUAAUCAAUUUAAAAAAACGUAUGUUGUAAUAUAAUAAGAAAAAAAUGCAAUAUUUGGAGUCGUCUUUUUUAAGUUGUGAUUGGAAUCAACAGAAGUUGCAAAAUUAGUUUAAAAAAAUACUAUUUUGAAUAAUAAUAAUAAUAAGUGGCAAUAAUAAGAGGAAAAAAGAGUUACAUGUAUAGUUUUAUAUACAAGGAGCAAUUAAAAAAGAGAAAGUGGCAUUUUUACAAGAAGAAAAUGUUGCAAUGUUAGAGUUCUUAUUUGUUGAUGAAAAAUGUUAAUAAAAUACAAUUUUACAAAAAAAUAUAUAGUACUACUAGAAAAAGUUGCACUAUUUGGAGAAUAUGAGGUUGUUUUCAUUUUUACAAAAUAAUAUAAGUAAUAUUAAAAGAAAAACAUUUACAUUUCUAGAGGAUUUUUUUAGAGAGAAAACAAAAGUAGUAAUAUAAUAAUACUGUAAAUUUUACAUGCUGAGGUGGUUGUGGUACCUGAACUGCUUGGAUGGGUGUGUCCACAUGAGAAGAGGCUCAAAAAAUGCUGCUGUUUUGUUUUGUUUUCUAUUUGUCCCCUGCUGGAUAAGUACAUAUAUUACUACAGUAUGUAUAUUACUACAAUAUCUCUAGGAAAUGUACAUUUCUUCAUUACUACGCACAAAGUUGCUUUGAGCAACAUCCGACUUUCACAUGCGUGGCAGUAAAAUGUGAAUGAAUGUGAACUACAAGGUGUGCUCAUGUUGUACAACACAGGUCGUGUGAAAAAGUGUGAACGCCUGGUUGUGGCUUUAAAUAGUCACGUAUGAAACCAAGCAAAGUGUCACUUGACUUCCUCUUCCAGCUCACUUUGGAGAAGAAGCAACAGCGAAUCGUGCAGCUUUCUGUUCCGCAGAGCACAAAUGGACAGCAGUACUCAAGGCGGGAAAGCGUUCGGCAUCCUUAAGUCUCACCAAGAAGACAAACUGAAAUCCAUCAAUGAGGCUUUUCUGUCCGAUGAGCAGUAUGCAGAAGUGGAAGACCUGCCUAAAAAGCUGGACAUGUUUAAAAAAAAAUACAUGGAGUUUGAUCUGAAUGACAAAGGUGACAUCGACAUGAUGGGGUUAAAACGGAUGCUGGAGAAACUGGGAGUGGCUAAGACUCACAUGGAGCUGAAGAAGAUGAUGUCAGAAGUGUGUGGAGGAACUUCAAAGGAAACCUUCAGCUAUGAGGAUUUCCUUACUAUGAUGCUGGGGGAAAGAAAUGCCAUUCUAAAACUGAUCCUCAUGUUUGAAGGCAUGAGCAAGCAAGAGGAGAGAAGACAUGCUGGACCACCUGCUGCUAAAACCUUCUCAGAACUACCCUGAAGAUAUUUAAUGUCCACAUGAAAACACCCUUGCUAAUUUAUCACAGAAUUGUCACUUUUCUACGGAACUUCUGUAAAUGUUUUGAAGUCCAAUGUACAAUACAGUGGAGGCUUCAAAGUCCAAAUACUUUUUCUUUGUCCUUUCCUGUGUUGUCCAAUCACAAAUAAACAGCAAUGAGACGGCAGCCUCAGU